AUGGAAGCCUGUGGCGAUGCGUGGCAGCUGAGCCUGGAGCUGUUAAGGGAGAUGCAAGAGGAGCGCUCCGAAGUCAGCAUUCUCGCCCUGGCCUCUGCGGUGUCAUCACUGCAUCGAGGCCGUGCAGGCUUCGAGCUGGCCGGCCAGCUUGAGGAGCUACGUGCCAGCGCCGUUUGCCGAAGUCGGCUGCUUGCUGACUCCCAGUGGAUAAAUCGACCGCAAUGCUAA